AUGGCGAAAUCAAAUAAAAGUCAGAACCAGGGUGGCAAGAGACAGAAUCUAAAAGAAAUUAAACCUGUCACCGACGACUCCAGGUUUAAAUCAGUUCAUAAUGAUCCCAGGUUCAAGUUUCCAAAUUUUAAAAAUUUAAAGGUCAAGGUGGAUGACCGGUUUAACAAGAAAGAAUUGAAAAAGCUAAGUGGAAGUAAGGUCAAGAUUGAUAGAUAUGGGAGAAAACUUGAAGAAAAAGACCAACAACUUAACAAGUACUACGAACAUGAUGACGAGAGCUCAAGUGAAGAAAGUGAGGAUGACGAAGAUGACGAAGAUGACGAAGGUGACGAGGGGGAGGAGGAGGAUGUGGAAGCAUUAAGUCGCAAGAUCAGAGGGGAAGAAGAGGAAUUGGAUAGGGCUAGAGGAGAAGGUCUUCUGAGCUCCUCAUCCGACCUGUCCUCCGAAGACUCGUCUUCAGACAGUGAACUGGAGUUAGAUGAAGCCGACAGCGAAUCCGAGCUUGAACUAGAGGAAACAGCCCCUGCCGAAUCCGAACCCACUACCUCAUUUGCUGUCGUUAAUAUGGACUGGGAAAACUUAAGGGCUGAGGACUUGAUGGCAACCUUUUUGUCAUUUGUACCCAAAGAUGGAAGUAUAAAGUCAGUGACGAUAUAUCCCUCAGAGUUUGGAAAAGAAAGAAUGCAGCGAGAAGAGGUUGAAGGGCCACCAAGGGAAUUAUUCAAAACAAAGAAGAAAAAGAAUGAAGAAUCAGACUCGGAGUCCGAUUUGGAUUCUGAUGUUGAUAUCCAAGAUGCAAAAGAGUUGGAAAAAGUUACACGUAAGUUGUACGAGCAGGAUGAUGGAAAGGAGGAUUAUGACAGCAAAGCUUUACGUCGAUAUCAACUACAGCGAUUAAGAUAUUACUAUGCUAUAGUCAAGUGUGAUUCAGUUCAAACAGCUAGAAAUAUUUAUGAAAAUGUUGAUGGCACGGAGUAUGAGUCCACGGCUAAUGUUUUCGAUUUGAGAUAUGUACCAGAGGAUAUGGAGUUUGACGAGAAUGAUGUCAAAGAUGAAUGUUUCAAAGUAUCACCAAACUACAAACCGGAAUCGAGGUUUGUGACAGACGCGUUGCAACACUCAAAGGUGAAAUUGACCUGGGAUGAGACUCCUAAAGAGCGUCUCACUUUGUCUUCAAGACCACUUUCCCAAAAGGAAAUAGAAGCCAAUGACUUUAAGGCGUAUUUAGCAAGUGAUUCUGAGGAUGACACUUUGGAAAACAAUGGUGAUGGGGCCGAUUUGAAAUCAAAGUAUCAAAGAUUGUUAGGAAAGACGUUCAAUAAAGGUACCGAAUCAGGAGAUGAAAGUGAUGACGUCGAUAUGGAGAUAACAUUUGACCCUGGUUUGAAGGACUCAUCUGAAAAAGAAUCAAGGGAGGAGAAUUCAGAAGAGACCACCAUCGAGGCUUAUAAGAGGAAGGAGAAGGAGAGACGUCAAAAGAGACUUAAUAAAUUUAAGGAAAGCAAAGCCAACGCUGAAGAAGAACAGCAAGAAGAGGGUGGUGCCAAGUCCGCCUCUAAGAAGAAGAGCAAGUCGCAUCCUGGGAAAGAGAAUACCAAUAUUUCUGAAAAAGAGAAAGCUGAGUUGGAAUUGGUACUUAUGGAUAAUGACCAGAAGAGCGACCAUUUCAACAUGAGAGAUGUCCUCAAGAAUGAAAAAUCAAAGAAAAACAAAAAGUCAAAGAAGAGAAAUAUUGACCAAGAAAUGACUCAAGACAAUUUUGAAGUUAAUUUGAAUGAUCCAAGAUUCGACGAAAUAUUUGAAAGCCAUGACUACGCCAUAGAUCCUACCAGCAGUGAAUUUAAGAAGACCGAGACUAUGAAGAAGAUUUUGAAAGAAAGAUCAAACAGAAACAAGGGUGAUGGCAAUAAAGAGAAAAACGGCAAUGGAAACAAGAAACGGAAAUUGAAGGAUGGUUCUGAUUAUGAAAGCGCAAAGUCGAUUGCGAAAAAAUUGAAAAAUAAAGUCAAGUAG